UCAAGUUCAGAGUGUUACUACCCACACAGUUUUGAAGUUACUGAUGGGGAAGGGUUGAAACAGUCUGUACAGAUAGAAAGCCGUGGACGUGUAACGUUCAAUGGGCGUGGCGAGGCGGGGGAUCGCGUCUUUACAGGUGAUUUCGCAAACGUAUCAGUUGAUUUGCAGUUGAUGAGCAGCUUUACGUGUAUGCGUGUAUACUGUGUUCUUUUUGCAAGUUCACUGUUAAAGUAGCCGAGGUUAAAACCCACCGCCCGGGUUUGAGGUUUGACUGCAAGGGAAAUAAAUUGCAAAAUGUAUGUAAGGGAUUUUUCAACUCGCACGUUAGUCACACCUGCAAACCUGUAUGUGAAAGACCAUAGGCUUUGUGAUCACAUUACAGGGUGAUCUCCAGCUCUUCUAAUGGCCACCUCAGGCUACGUAGGUGAGAUUCAGCCAGCAGCCCAACCCCAGGCUGCUGGGGUUACUGUCACACCGGGGCAACCUGACGCCAGCUCCACCCCUGCAGCAACGUCUCAGUUUUUGGCUGAGAUUCAAACUACUGUGACAACUCCCAAUGUCGUCACGCCUACCGGACAGACACCUCCGACUGAGCAGGCCGCUUCCAUUACCAGUCAGAAGCCUGCAGCUGGUACUCAGGACCAGGCCACAGCACAGGUCCAGCCGCCUCAAACUCAGUAUGUGACUGCAGAGAUCCAGGGUUCCCCAACACAGUCUGGAAACGCUCAAAGCACUCCUCAGUAUAUUGUUGUCACAGUCACAGAGGGCUCGCUUCACUCAAGCGACAGUGUAUCAGAUUCUAGCCCCCCUCCAGCUGUGAUACAGACAGGAGUUCCCACUCAGGUUGUUCAGCAGGUACAAGCGGCUCAGCAGAGGUCUGUAGUGCAGGCUACCUCGCAGAUAGCCAAGACCGAGCCAGGAACCCAGCUCAGUGUCACCAAUCUACAGCCUGUUCACAUCAGCCAGGAGCUCCUUCACAGCACCCAGUUGACAGCAUUAGUCAGGGACAAGCAUAUAGAAGAAUACCAGCCGUGUCAUGGGAUAGGACACCAAGAAUACCUUGCCUGGUUGUCAGCACACUAUGACAACAUGCCCAUCUACCUUCUCUUGGAUCACAUUCAGUAUUACCAAUCCAAUGUGCACAGUGUGUACCCUCCAGUCAGCAGCGUAGGCCCAGAUCAGCCACAACUGCAGGCUCCAACUAGCACUUUCCAAGUCCAGCAGCAGCUUACACCAGUGCCAGUCCAACAUGUGUACACCAAUCAAGUGCAGUAUGUGGAAGGAGGAGAUGCCAACUACACCACCAGUACCAUACGAUCCAGCACCUUCCCUUACACUGACACACCCCUCUACACCCAGACCACAGCCACCCAGUAUUACGAAGGUCAGCCGAGCUCAGGUUCCCAGGCCUCCACUCCUGGCACACCUCUAACUGUCUCAGUGACGUCUGGCACAACAGGGGCUGUGUCUAUGUUUGUGGCCCAACCAAGUAGUGCAGCAGGUGCCACCGUUGUGACCACAGGUGGAACCACCAAUGGGACAGGUGAUGGGGCAGGCACCAACGGUGGCACAGCAGGCAGCUAUGUCAUCCAGGGGGGUUACAUGCUUGGCAGCAGCAGUGGAGGGGCAGCUGGCAACAAUCAGAACUACUCACACACCGCUCGCGCCUCUCCAGCCACUGUGAGUAUUACGGAGGGCGAGGAGAGUAGCGUGCCGUCGGCAGACAAGAAGCUCUUUUCUUUUUUAUUGCCUGUGUGUCAGGUACAGUGGUUGCUGGACAACUAUGAGACAGCUGAAGGAGUGAGUCUGCCACGUUCUACCCUCUACUGCCACUAUCUGCUGCACUGCCAGGAGCAGAAACUAGAGCCUGUCAACGCUGCAUCUUUUGGGAAACUCAUUAGAUCUGUGUUCAUGGGGCUACGUACACGGCGCCUGGGUACACGUGGAAAUUCCAAGUACCACUACUAUGGGCUGAGAAUUAAGGCAGGUUCUUCUCUUCUUCGUCUAAUGGAAGACCAGCAGCAUCUGGCUAUGAGGCAGCAGCCCUUCUCCCAGAAACAGAGGUUGAAGCCUGUGCAUAAAGUGGAAGGAAUGACUAAUGGCACAGCAGCAGGAACAGGCCAACAGCAGCAACAACAGCAGGCAUCAGGGCAUGUAGACAUAAGCACCCAGGUUCAGCAGUACCAGCAGUUCCUCGAUGCAUCCAGAGCGCUCCCAGAGUUCCCAGACAUUGACCUCCAGGGCAAAUCUCUGCCAGAGGGCAUCGAGUUGGAGCACAUCAAGAGUUUUCAGCUGCUGUACAGAGAACACUGUGAGGCAAUACUGGACGUGAUGGUUAAUCUACAGUUUACCCUGGUGGAGACUUUGUGGAAGACCUUUUGGAGGUUCAGCCAGAGUCAGGCAGAUGCCACAUUGGCUGUUCACGAUGAGUCAGAGAAGCGCCUCCCUAAGUCCUGCCUGGUGCUGCUGUGCAAGUAUGAACCUGUGCUGCGCUGGAGCCGAGACUGUGACAAUAGCCUUUACCAGAGCCUGGUGGAAAUCCUCAUCCCUGAUGUCCUCAGACCCAUCCCCAGUGCCUUAACUCAAGCCAUCCGCAACUUUGCCAAGAGCUUGGAAAGCUGGUUAACCAAUGCCAUGAUGAACAUCCCCGAGGAAAUGGUCCGCAUCAAGGUAACAUCAGCCAACGCAUUUGCCCAGACGCUGCGUCGCUACACCAGUCUGAAUCAUCUUGCCCAGGCAGCACGCGCCGUCCUCCAGAACACCGCACAGAUCAAUCAGAUGCUCUCUGACCUCAACCGAGUCGACUUUGCUAAUGUUCAGGAGCAAGCUUCAUGGGUGUGUCGGUGUGAAGACCGUGUUGUCCAGCGACUGGAACAGGACUUCAAGCUGACCCUUCAGCAGCAGAACUCCUUAGAGCAGUGGGCUGCGUGGCUGGAUGGAGUAGUCUCCCAGGUCCUAAAGCCGUACCAGCAUAGCCCUACCUUCCCUAAGGCUGCCAAGCUAUUCCUGCUCAAGUGGUCAUUUUACAGUUCUAUGGUGAUCAGGGACCUGACCCUGCGCAGUGCAGCCAGUUUUGGUUCCUUUCACCUCAUCCGCCUGCUGUACGAUGAGUACAUGUACUACCUGAUAGAACACAGAGUGGCCCAGGCUAAAGGAGAAACCCCCAUAGCCGUUAUGGGAGAGUUCGCCAGUUUAGGCCGAGGCCUAAACCUGCUUGAUCCUGACAAAGAAGAAGAAGAGGAGGAAGAGGAGGAGAGUGAUGAAGAAGGCCAGGAGCUGAGCCUGCCCUCUGAUGGAGCAGUGCUGGGGGAUGAGUCCCUGGAACCACCAGCCAAACUGGCCAGAACUGACCAGAGAGUCCUCUUCACCACUGGAUCAGCUGACAACUAACUACAGCCUUACUGCUAGUCAUUGGUUGAAUAUGCUGAUCACAAACAGUACAAAGAUGUACAAACAUGUACAAAGAAUACUAAUUUAUACACUUGACACAUGUAAAUAGAUGUUGUACAUACAUGUGCACACUCUUCACUGUCCCACUUGUUUACACAAACACACAAUUAGAACACACACUCAUUCACCAUCUGCUGCUGCCUGUGUGGUACAACCACCUGUUGUAACUGAUUAAACAUCAACGCAAUAGGACGUGGCUUCAAAAACCAGACUUAAUGCAAAGAGAACUACAAAACAUUUUAACCUUAAGUUAAGCAAAUUUGUAAAGAUGAACUUAAGCCAGGCAUCAUGUUUUACUUUCAUUAGGUCGCAACCUGUGUCCUCACUCUCUCCUCACUGAAGAUGCUCCUGAAACUGUUACUGCCGUAUCAAAGUGGUUUUGACAAUACUGUGAUGUGUGUGAGUGUGUGUGUGUGUAAAGUUCUACAGGAGGACGGUGUAAAGCAAAUCUUUUAUAGAAACAGACCGCUACAUUCAGUUGCUAUUAAUUUUGAUUCAUUCGGAAGUGAAGGGAUGUUUGGGGCUUUUUCUGACUGUCUGUGUUUCCUGUCUGCCUGAAUGAGCUCGGGUCACGCCGCUCCGCUGUGACUCCCGGAGGUCGACUCAGCCUGCUUUUCAGUGGCGUGUACAGUGUGUUUGUGUGCCUGGUUGCGUGAUCGUGACUCUUCGGUUUCCGUCUGUAGAUAUUUUCUAAAAGAUUCAAACUCUUUGCUUAGGAAGACACGUGCAGAUUUCCCGUCUGACUGUAUUUUCACGUAAAGGGAGGUUCUUGUGUUCUUGGAGUGCCUGUCGCAGCUGCUACACACACUUGUAAAGUUAAAGCUACGGCUGUGAAAAGGGGGCUCCUAUAAGUUGCUGCAAAAAAAAUCCUCUUUUAUUGAACACCUGGUUUCAUGAGAGAGGUACUGUACGUGUCAUACUUUUCUGUUCAAAGUGCUCCGCACCUGUCAUCUCAUAAGCUCCUUUGUUGCCUCAUUUUCCUUCGUUGUCAUUUUCUUGCCUUAAAUCAGUAAAUCUUUCCCUUGUGUGUGCCAAACCUGUUUGCUUUAAACUCAGAACAAUCCUGUUGUUUUUGAAUAGUUUUAAGAAUGACUGUGCCUGAGUAAGAACAGUAAUAUAUUCUGCUGUAUAUUUAUCCACUAUUUUGAAUUUUGUUGUCACUAAGUGAACCUCUCGUGCAGUGUAUGGUGCUGUGUUGUCACACAUUGUAAGGAACCUUUGUGUGCAUUAUUGAUUUGUGAUUGUACAUUUAGUUAUCAAUCCUACAUCAUAUCUGAUGAUUUCUUCACAAACAGGCUAAAACCCUGCCUUUUUGCACAUAUUGACUAUUGUCUUUAAAAACUCUGACAGUUGAUCUGAAACGUUUAUUUUUUUUCUUAGAAGUCCUGUGUGUUGUAAAUGGUGGCGUGCAGGUGUCAGCGUUAGUGUGAAGACCUCGUACCGCUCGGUGAGAUUCAGAGAAUUUGGCGAGAGGUGAGAGAUUUCGUGGGUCUUUCUGCACCAUCCUGCACAAACAGACACUCCUCUCCUUCCUCAGUGCUGUCAUCUCACUGCAUUUCCGCCCUCCUGCCAAUGGCUUUGUUUUGCUGCAAACAUCUAGAAUAUUAAACGCUGUUUGUCUAGAUUGGUUGUUGUAAACAUGUCACUUUUGGAUUUUUGAAUUCAGUGUCCUAAAUAGCUGCAGCGUGUGUCUAUAACAGGCACCGCCAGCCUCAAACCAGCACAUCAUCCUCUUUAUGUAAUCCAAUGCUACCACAGCUGAGUACAUAUCACUCCAGUCUUUUAUGAGCAUAGAAAAUGGCCAUCGUUUACCCAGUAAAAAUAUGUCUAGACAUUUUUUAGUGCAUUGUUUCUUAUGUAGAAAACAAAUUAAGAAAAAAAGAUGUUCAGUGGCAGUGUUUUCUGAAUUUGGUCUGCUAUGAGUAUGACUGUGCCUUUGGGGGUGGUAGAAUGCAAUUCAGCUGUUUUUAAUUUUAAAGAUAUCAAUUAAAUGAUUUUUAAAAUUGCA